GACAAAACAUAACCGAAAUAUUCUAGAGAGAGAAACCGGAGCCAUAGAUUUCAAAUCCUCGACGCUUCUUCUCUCAAUCUAGACUUUUUAGGGUUUCAGAAGGUUUGAGAAUUCUUGAUAACUGAGACAUUUUUUCUCCUUUUUCUCAAGAACCAGGAGGAGGGGUUUGUGAAGAAAAUAUUUAUGUCUUCCGGAUCCGAAUUGUUGGUGACUGGGGCGUUGAAGCUCUGGCAUUCCGUCUCCUCGUUUUUCUUAGCUCUCCGCUACACCAAUUUCGCAAUUUCUACGCGUUUGAGGCCAAAAAGGAGUUGUUCUGGAUUAGGGUUUUUUUGGGUUUUUCAUAUUAAGCGAUUUGUUCUUGAGAGGGGCCUCUUGCCGGACAAAUUUUGAUCUUGAGAAGGAUUCUUCCCUUCUGGUUCUGGUUCUGUUUUUGUUUCCUAUUUUGUGGGUUUUGGAGAGGAUACAUCUUGGCAAAGAUCGUGUUUUUAUCAAACCAAAUCGGCAAACCCAUGAGGAAACUUCGGGUGUUCCGUUACGAUGAUGACGCCACUGAUUCGUCCGAUGAUGAGCCUUGCAAAUCAAAGAAGCGUUUCAUUAGAGUGAUUAAUCUCCCAAUGGCUGGUCAUCAGCAGAUUAAAUCUAUGAAAACGGAUAGCAACAAUGGCUGCAAAAACCCUAGAAAGAGGCUUUUGACCAAGACUUUGAACCAACAGGGAGAAUCUGGCCUGAAACACAGAGGCAUUCGACAGAGGAAAUGGGGCAAAUGGGCUGCUGAAAUCAGGGAUCCCUUCCAAAGAAAGAGGGUUUGGUUGGGUACAUUUAAUACUGCAGAAGAAGCGGCAGCCGCUUACGAUAACAAGAGACUUGAAUUCUCUUUAAUGGCUAUUUCUUCCCCCGAGAAGAGGUGCAAUCAACCUUCCUUGAUGGCUGUCCCAAAAUCUUCUGAGGACUCUUAUGGUAUAAUGCCGGACAUACCGUCUCCGUCAUCUUCUCUUGAGUUGGGGUCUUCAAAUACAGCCUCCGCUUUGGCAUCACACAAUGAUAUGAUGAAAGAUGUUGUUAUUGGUGCCAAUGUUGGUGAGCAGCAAGUGCCCAAUUUGGUUUCUGUGGAUGCGCCAUUGAUGUCUCUUCCAAUUGGGGAGGGCCUGGACUAUGCACUGGAGCUUGAGUUGAUCUUCGCGGAAAAUGGUUUUGGACAAUAUUUAAGCGACAAUCUUGACUAUAUUGGGAACUGUGACAUGGACAAUCUCCAGAUAUGCGGGUCUGAUGGACGACCCAUUGAGCUUCCAGACUAUUUUUGACAGUGACCAGCUGGAUCAAGAAAAGUCUGCUUGGGUGGAUCAAUUUUUGGCUAUGGUGAAGCCCUUCAAUAUAUCACGCCCAUAGGAUUUGUAGCAAGUAGGAGGUAGUCAUUGUGGUAGUCUCAGGGACUGUAACCUGAACUAUUGAGAUAUUUUGUUGAGGGAGUAUGAUUUCUCUCUUUAUUUAGAAGUGUGUGUAAUGUGUAUUAGAGCCGUCCGAGGGUUGUUUGAUGGUAAGAGGCAAUUACUGUUGCCUCUUCAGAGUUUUACUCACAUUGUUUUAGUUUCAAGCUUAUUAUGAAUUGAUGAACUAUUCUUUGGUCUAAAUAAAUUGCAAUAUAUUCCCA